CACCGCGCUGCCGCCGCCGCCGCUGCCCGCCGCGCUCGAGCGGGCCGCCGCCGCCGCGCACCACCUGCUGCACCAGUACCUGCAGAGAUGCGGUGAAGUGUUCGCGGCGAUGGGUGGCAGUGGUCCGAGUGGCGAGCUGGUGACACUGCAAGCAGUGCGGGACGCCAUGGCACCAUGUACCACGUCUCUACAGGACCUGCUCAAUCAAGCUGUGGAGAGCCUCGCCCUCCUAGCGUGUGAGAACGUGGACCACAUGGACAGUGAGCCCAUGCCCAGCGCGGAUGGAGACAUUCCUGAUCUGCUCACGCCUAUUUCACAUUCUGGGGCCACGCCAUUGGGUUGUCGUCGUCGCGAGCGCGGUUGUCGCCGCGUCCGACCAAAGUCAGUAGCAGAACAGCAAUGCAGCAGCAAUGAGAUGCUCUCACUGCCGCCGCUGCAUGCUGAGGCCGCGGACGCAUUGGCUGAGCUACCCGCGCAUACUCUGCGACACCUUGUCAAAGGUCGACCUAGACGAGCCAAGACUAGGGCACCGACACGACCCAUUACAGAUCAAUCACAAGAUAUUGAUGAAGGUUUGGAGGAGUUCUGGCGUACAUGUCGCACGCCGCCGGGCAGCGAGGAAGCGUCCCUGUCGGCGCGCACCCCGCUGACGUCGCGCUCGCUGCACUCGCUGUCGUCGCUCGCCUCGCCCUCGCCGCUGCGGCACUCGCCCACGCUGCAGCGCGAUGAUACCAUGUACAGUGUGACAUCGGGUGAAAGCACACCGGUUCUAUUAGAAUGUGAAGUAUCACGUUGUAAGUCUUCCGACAAUGUAGGCAUGAAGACCUCGGCUUCUACGCCCCCUCCAUCCCGAUCUUCAGACAACGUUAACACCAUGGGGAACGGGUGCGCGCGUACACCCGGCAAGGCGCGGCCCUGGUCCGUGGCGGGAGUCAACCCUGACAAUAACGCCGCUUGUACUACCGAAGGCGUGGAGGCGUGCGUGGGCGGCAGCAUCGUGGGCAUCACGCCGGGCGCCGCAUUAACCAGUAACCAACUUUCAGACGCUAUUCUAUACUGAACGAUCUAUGUGCCCUGUGCCGUCUCGCUGUAUAGGUUCAAUGUUACGAGAUCAUCCUUUAACUCCAGAGGGUACUGAGACCUAAGCCAAGCUCGGGUGCAGUCAGCGUGACGGAGACAGUACGUGAUAGUUGAGCAGGGUUCAAUGUCCAGAAAUUACACAAAAACGGAUUUUAUUCUCGGAUGCUCACAAUUGUGCCAGUUAGAAUGUUAACGUUUUAGACAGUAAAGUAGUUACUGAUUAGGAUUCUAAUAUUGUAUUUGAGUAAAACUGAACGCCAUUUUAGUUAUUGUGCGGAAAGAUACAUUUUUAACUUCUAACAUUAAGGACAUUAUGAAUUGAUGAUACAUGGUCAUAAUAAUUCCAAGUAACUUAUGCUAGGAUUAAAAUUAAAAUAUAUUGUAAUCAUCUUCUAUUUACUGUGAUUCAGUUAGUAUUAUGUUACUGAUUCGUGUAGUCAUUAAUAUAUUUUAAUCGCUUAUAAUUUAUAGAAAUAUUCGUAACCUAUCCCACUAAACGGAUAUAUUAUUUUAAGUGGGAUAUAUAUUAUUUGAUGUAAUUAAAUAUUAUUUCUUCUAUCUAUACGAUAAUAUUUGUAAUAUAAUCUCAUGAGAUUCAUAUUUAUUUAAUUUCAAAGACGUUUUUGCUUUGCCAUUGAGCUUGCCGUGGUUUCUUGACAGACAAUAUUUCUACCAUGUUUGUAAAAAUGUUUUAACGAGUUCUAAUGUCAGUAUUGAUAAGACACGAUGUUUUAGACGUUGAUCAAAUGAAGUAAUCUGGUAGAUUUUAAGAGUAUGUGACACAGAGAUGGAGUUAAGGUGGGCUCUUUAGCUGCGUAAUGCUUUUAAUCAUGGUUACCUCCUAACGCACAAGUCUUCAGAUUUCGGUAGAUGUCUACGCGUUUAGCGUAUGUAGGGUAAAUGUCUACACCCUAUUGUAAAAUAUUAUUGAAUUUAUGAUAAUACUGUUCCAAAACGCAGGUCAUUCUCGAUUUCCUCACUGCUUGAUGAUUAUGACAAGUGAAAAACUAAUGGUCGCGUAAUACCACCUCACAGCCAUGCCAUAAUUAUUAAUAUUUUAAUUAUGUUUGUUAGUCCGGAUAAAGAUAAGUCGUUAUUACUUACCAGUAUGACCUUGAAACAAAUAGAUGCUACUACAUACUUGAUUGACUCAGUUGGACACAUGUUGAUCAAUUUGUACUGAAAUCAACACCAAAAUCCGUUUAGGAAAAUAAUAUUAAAAAAGGACCAUGGUUUGUCAAGUAUGCAGUAAAAUAAAUGGCCAACACUAGGCGUAAACUAUCACAAUUUUAGCAAUGAAAUAAUGUAAAUAUAAUAAUCUUUGUGAAUUCGUUCAGCAUUGGUAAGUUAGGAACUUUGUUCGAAAACUAAUUGGUCUUAACUAGUCAUAUUUUAAAAGGCCUAUAUUAUUAAUUACGCACAAUUUAUUUACGUCCGAUUAUAUUAUGAAUUGUGAGAAUAAUUCGUUUUUAAAUAUAAUUUACCAUGACAGAUAUCUUCCAGUUUAUACAUUCCUUUGUAAAUUUUAAAGUAGACAUGAAGUAUUUGAAAAUAUUGAACAAGUGUGAUUUUUAAAAUGAAGUUCAAAACGUGAAAGUGAAUUUUUAGAUUAGUGCACUUGCAGAGAUGUAUGUAAGGUUCAAUUUUGCGAUAAUUUGGUGAAAGUAGAUAACUCGCCCCAUACAGUUAAGUGUUCAUUAGAGUAAAUAUUUGUAAACGAUUACAUUCAUUUAUAUCUCUUGAAUUCAUAAAGGCUGUCUCGUACUGGAGUUUCCUGUAUGUAAAAUUACUGAUCGAGGUAGAUGUAUAUUGCUAAAUUAUUUCAUAGUAUUUUUAUAUUCAUUCCAAUUUAGUUGGUUUUAUCUAGCUCUUUGGUACCAGACUGAUUUUACGGUACUUUUAUUUUAUGGUGCAAUUUAUGUCUAGAGCGUUGUGAUAAUCGUUUAAAAUUACAUACAAUA